CCGGGCCUUGCAGCUUCUGCGGGCGACAUGGCGCUGCGCGGCCUGGUCCUCUGUGCUCGGGUGUCCCAGCUGACUUGGGGCCUUAGUCCACAGCGGUCUUUCAGUUAUGGAACAAAAAUACUAUAUCAAACUACCAAUGCUCCACAGUCUAAAUUUUUUCCACCACUUCAAAAACCUAUGUUACCACCUAAUAGUUUUCAAGGAAAAGUGGCAUUCAUUACGGGAGGAGGUACUGGUCUUGGCAAGGCAAUGACAACUUUUCUAUCCAGCCUGGGGGCUGAGUGUGUGAUAGCCAGCCGGAAGAUUGAUGUUUUGAAAGCUGCUGCAGAAGAAAUUUCUUCUCAGACUGGAAAUAAGGUUCAUGCAAUUCAGUGUGAUGUAAGGGAUCCUGAUAUGGUUCAUGAUGCUGUGUUGGAACUGAUCAAAGUUGCAGGGCAUCCUAAUAUUGUGAUAAACAAUGCAGCAGGAAACUUUAUUUCUCCCACUGAACGACUUUCUGCUAAUGCUUGGAAGACCAUAACUGACAUCGUUCUAAAUGGCACAGCCUAUGUGACUCUAGAGAUUGGAAAACAACUAAUUAAAGCACAGAAAGGAGCAGCAUUUCUUGCCAUUACAACCAUCUAUGCUGAAUCUGGGUCUGGCUUUGUAGUACCAAGUUCUUCUUCCAAAUCAGGCGUGGAAGCCUUGAACAAAUCACUUGCAGGUGAAUGGGGUAAAUAUGGAAUGCGAUUCAAUAUAAUUCAACCAGGGCCAAUAAAAACUAAGGGUGCAUUUAGUCGUCUGGAUCCAACUGGAACAUUUGAACAAGAUAUGAUUAACAGAAUUCCCUGUGGUCGGCUGGGGACUGUGGAAGAACUUGCAAAUCUUGCUGUUUUUCUUUGUAGCGAUUAUGCUAAUUGGAUUAAUGGAGCUGUCAUUAGAUUUGAUGGUGGAGAGGAAGUAUUUUUAUCAGGUGAAUUCAACAGCCUGCAGAAGAUUACCAAAGGGGAGUGGGAUAAAAUAGAAGGACUCAUUCGGAAGACCAAAGGCUCCUAAGGCAACUUGAGCUUUCAUCUUGAGUACAGUAAAAGUUAGAAGCAACAAAUGAUGCACACUCUGAUCAUUUGAUCAGAUGUAAG